GGGCAUGUAAAACGUCUGAACGAUCGUGAUCUUCACAACGGUUCUCACAGAUCAGGGUUUGCUCAAUCUCCCAUAAUCACUGACUGAGAUCUGCAGAUUGUCGCAGUGAGAGAGAGAAGAUCGAUAUAAUCUCCGGCGAAGAUAUAUAGUGUCAGAUCCCCCCGCCGUAACCGCCUUCGUCGACGCCGUCGCAAUGCAAGUGACGAGAAGACUCUCCGACGUCGAUCGCCGGCUCCUCCUCCUCCUCAUCCCUUCCCUCUCUCUCCUCGUCCUCUUUUCUCUCUCGUCUCUCUCCCUCGAACCUUUUAAUUUCGCCCCUCUCCGCAGCCUUAUUUACAACCGUACCCUCGCCACCACCGCAACCAUUUCGAAUCGGACCGAGUCACACGACGAUGACUCGCCUCCGAUCGCUGGGAACGAGUCUCGCGAUGGUGAAUCGUCAUCGGAUACGGAGGAGGAAAUUCGACGGGGGCGGAGGAGGAGGGAAGAGGUGAUGGAUACGAGGAUUGCGGUGUGUUUGGUCGGCGGAGCACGGCGGUUCGAGCUGACGGGACCGUCGAUCGUGGAGAAGAUUCUUAAGGUUUAUCCGAAUUCGGAUCUGUUUUUGAACAGUCCACUCGAUAAAAAUUUUUUUUCUGUUACAUAUUGGACCGAUAUCAUCAUUAUUCGAUUUUCUACUUAUUUUCCAAAUCAUAUGGUUUUACAGGGUUUACUACAGUACUUCAACCUCGUCGAAGGAUGUCUCACCAUGAUAAACUCGUACCAGACCCAAAACAACUUCACAUACGACUGGAUAAUCCGGACCCGAGUCGACGGAUACUGGACCGACCCGCUUGACCCGGAAAACUUCGUACCGGGUCACUACCUCGUCCCACCAGGCUCCUCCUACGGCGGUCUCAAUGACCGUCUCGGCAUCGGCAACUUCCCCCCCUCCGCCGUCGCUCUCUCCCGUCUCUCCCUUAUCCCGGACCUAGACUCGGCUGGGUUGACCCGCCUAAACUCGGAGUCCGCCUUCAAGGCCCAACUCACCACAAAACGUGUCCCUUACGUAACCAAACCCCUCCCCUUCUGCAUCGUCUCCGACCGUACAUACGAUUUCCCUCCUUCCCCCUUCGGCGUACCCGUGGCAUCGCUCUUGAGCCCGGGCCCGCUGAGCGGGGCCAAGUGCAGGCCAUGUACGGCCACGUGUGUCGGCACGUGCGUUGAGGAAGUGAUGGAGAGGUUGAAUAGGGAGUGGAGUUGGACGGAGUGGAGGAGCGUUAACGGCACGACGACGAAGAAGACGAGUUUGGAGCUUUGUGACGCACGUGGAGAAUGGGAAGAAGGAUGGGAGAAGGUGUUUGACGAGGUUGUCGGAGAGAAUCUCGCACGUGCGAGGAGAGAAGUUGUCGGAGAAGACGGUUUGGAGAUGAAGAGGUGCGUUGAAGAGUUUGAGGAGAUGAGAACAAAAGCUGUGAUGUGGGAAGCUCCCAUUGCCGAGGAGAUUUGUGUUUUGGGCUUAGGGCCCAAAUAGGAUACCAACACCCCAUUUCUAACUGAACCCAGGUUUUGGAUUUUUGGUAAUUUGAAAUAUUUUUGGGUUUUGUGUUUUUUUUUACUAGGCAUGAAACUGGAUUAUACAUUAUACAAUACAAGUUGCUUAUAUAAAACAAGAGUGGAAGUGGAAAUA